AUGCCCGUGCUUAGCCUCAACUUCACCCCUAACUGUCUUACCGGAAGCCGAGGCGUGCUUGCUGCCGGUGGUCAACAUGGGGAACUGCAUCUUUCAGACAUACCCAGUCGGACCUCUACCACGAGGCCAGCACGCGCAGGCGCUGGACCGGCGGCACCCAAGGUUGAGCCGUUCAGGCUGGACGUGGUGCUCGAUACGCGAGCUAUCAACAAUGCGAUCGUUCUGCUUCCGGAAUGGCCGACAGCAUGGGCCGAGACGAGCGAGAGGAGGCGGAUAGGGUAUGUGGGUGGUCAGAGGCGACGGCGGGAUAACGGCGAAACGGGGAUGGUAAAUGAGCGCAGCGGGGAAGAAGAGCUGGGCGCAACUGAUGUCGAUGAGAUGGGUGACGACGAGGCGAUGGACCUGGACGAGGAGGACGAAGAAGGAGAAGAGCUCGUCCAGCCUCUCAGUCCGGCAACUUAUCCCAACACCGUCGUCCCCUUCCGCCAACUCGGCCGGUCGUCUUUCGGUUCAGCGACAUCCCAGCUUCCUCCGGCUAGGCGGACCACUUCAUUCUCGCUCCCUCAGUCCGCGGCGCACCCCAUCCCCAUCGCCCGUCCAGCUCGACAGAGCUUCUCCGCUUUGGCCCCACCCCCAGCGACAGCUCAGUCGGUCCGUAUCGUUUCGUCCUACCCCGGGCCCUCGCGUAUGCCAAACGAGCCCCGAGAUCGGCGAGAGUCUUCGGCCUCUCGUGGAUCCGCUACUGCGCGUGAACGCCCGAGGGUGCCGACGCGGGACCGCCCCCCAGAACCCCGCUUCCUCAUAAGCAGCAACGACCAGUCUAUCCGCAUGCUCUCGCUCCGCCAGAUAGAGCAAGCGCGGGAACAUCCUAUCCGGUCAUACGAGCGCGAGUCGGAAAAUGCCCGCUUGGGCCAGGCGGAACCGACCAUCCGGACGCACUAUCGUCCUUCAGCCGCCACGUCUGCUCUCCUCAACAAUAGCGAUUGGCGCGCAUCACAUCCCGUUCUUCCGCCACCUCCGGCUAGGGCGGGUGCAUCAAGCCGGUUCGGGUGGGAUAACAAUACCGCCCACGCGAGUCUGUUGGAUGCGCAUCGGACGGAGCAGCUGGCGGCGCAGCGGGAACUGCGGAUGAGGCAGAUUGGCGAUUUUGAGGCUGCGGUCGGACUGCCGCCGAGUCAUGGCUCGACCACGAGGAGUGGGACUUUACCUCGUGCCCCGCUUCGAGUAGGUCCGCAGGCGCCUUGGUCGCAGGUGCGCGCUACCGCUGGCAUAUCCCGUAGUGGAGGUAGAAAAGCUGUGAAUGUUGGCGGAAGCAUCCUCAAUUUCCCGGUCAAUCACUCGUCCUUCUCGCCAGAUCUCAAGACGUUGGUCUCGGUCGGUGACUCGACGGAUGUACAGCUCUUCGAGGUGAUUGAUGGUGGACGAGAGUUCAGGGAGAUCGCCACGUACCAUGCUGCGACGGAUGCGGGCUUCUCGAGCGCCUGGAGCAAAGAUGGCCGUAAAUUCGCCGUUGCAAGUCAAGAUGGUCAAGUGACAGUAUGGGAUCAUCGCUCAUCUCGCCCUCUCGCUACCCUCUUUACUUCUCCCGCCACCUCCUCGCGUCAAUCGUCAUUCACGUCGGACAUCUACGCGGAGGAUGAAGGGCCGCAGGGCGGUGCAUGGUCCCAAGACCGAGGUGCGAUGCUUUACAAUCCGCUCACGGGCGAGCCAAGUUCAGGGGCAUCGACGAGCGGGAGGGAAGCGGCGCGGGUGGUCAAGUUUAGUCCGGAAGGGAGCAGCCGGGACUUGAUGGUCUUUUCAGAGGAAAAUACCAAUAUCCACAUCGUAGACGCCAAGACGUUCAAUACGCACGUCAUCAUCCCCGUUCCGUCAUACUCGCCGAACGGUCGAGAGUCGCCGCCGCCGCGCGUGGGUGUCGAUGGUGGUGAAUGCGGCAUCGCAGGGGUGGCUUUCGACCCCACGGGAGAAUGGCUGUAUUCUGGUACGGAGCGGACGGUCGUCGAGUGGGACAUGCGGCGAUGGGGCGGCGGAGAGGCGCGCGUUAGUCGGGGCGGGAGAAAGUAA